UGCCACAAUAACUCUUCCCUUUAAGUGGAGAACGGGCGUUGUCAAGUGAAAGGCAACGUACGCUGUCUGCGCCCAAGUGAAGCCGUGCUGAUUUAAGGCGCUAAGUUUAAACUUUCCUAAAGCAUAGAAAGACAUACAAGCAGCCAUGUCGAAAAACAGCGGUUCGUUUACAAAUGCACGAGGCCAGAAGCUUUAUACCGUCAGCUGGACUCCGGAGGAAGGAGACGUGAAGGCUGUGCUAUUAUGGAACCAUGGCCUUGGCGAAUACAUCGAUCGAUUUGAAGGAAGCGCCAAAUACUGGGUCGCUUCUGGCAUUGCCGUGUUCGGCUUUGACGCGCACGGCAUGGGCCUCUCGGAGCCCCUGGAUGACGCCGGUCGCGGUCUGGUGCGCCGCUUCUCUCACCUGGUGGAGGACGCCCUCAUGUAUCAUGACAAGGUGCUGCUGCCGGCACUAGCGGAGAAGGCCAUCACCGCGCCCGUCUUCAUCGGCGGCAACAGCCUAGGUGGCCUUGUGGCGUCGUACGCGGCUCUGGAGCGACCAGAAGCCUUCAAGGGCCUUAUCCUGCAGUCACCAGCUGUCGACGUGGAAUGGACGCCCGUAUUGCGUAUUCAGGCAGCUCUGGGUAAUAUACUGGCGGCUCUCCUCCCCCGGGCCAAGCUGGUGCCUGCAGUGCGCCCAGAGGACAUGAGCCAGGACCCGGACGUGGUGAAGGAGUACCUGGAGGAUCCCAUGAUUUACAAGGGCAACGUGCGAGCAUUGUCCGGCAAUGAGGUGCUCAAGGGCUUCCGUGGACUGGUCGCCAAGCGCGCCAACCUGAAGUUGCCCAUUUACGCCGUACACGGCACAUCAGACCGCUGCACGAGUCUGCCGGCACUUCGGGACAUGCUCAAGCACGUAUCUAGCACCGAUGUGACGCUGCAGGAGGUGGUGGGGGGGUACCACGAGCUGCUGCAUGGCCCGGAGAAGGAGCAGGUGCGGAAGGACAUUAAGGACUGGAUGCUGGCGCGUGCUGAGGCGGCAGCAACCCCCGCGGUGAAGGCGGAGGCGGAAGCGGCACCCGAGCAGGAGGCAGUGGCACCCGGGCAGGAGGGGGGGGCCAAGGUGAAGGAUGAUACCGCUGCUGAGACGAGUGGGGAGGCGGAAGCAGCCAUGCCCGCAGAGGGAGUUGAGGGGAUAAAAGUGGUGGUUCCUGGAGCUUGAUGAUGCUUUUUAUUUACCGGCAGGUGUUAUCAGUAUGUAUUGGUGUGGGAAUUGUGAGCAGGCCAUGCGGGCGCAUAAGGUGAGAGGUUGCCUGACACUGUCCCGUUAGAAGUGCUUUUGCAGGCGAUGUCUUCGUAGUCUUCCUGAUUAUGAUUGUCAUUGUGAUGACGAUGGUCACUCUUUUAAAUGAUGAAGGGGAACCUGCAAUCGGGACCGUAUUGGGUCAGGUCCUUACCUGCUACACCGGUUUGAAUUCGUUGCCUAGCAGAUAUCGCGUGCCGCCUGUCGGAGCGAUCUCGCGCGUACUGCAGGAUAUUGUUUUGUGAGCGGUGAUGUUAUGCCCUUGUGUAUCUUGUCUUGGCAGAAACAUUUUUAUUGUAUUGUUUGUGCAGGGUGUGUACAUCACCUGUACCACCGUGCUUGUAUGUGCUUGUAUCAUAGAUGUGUGGUCUGCACAUAUGUGUAGCUUGCCUCACGAUUUUGUCGUGUGCAAUCUUCAGUAGGUGAUGCAUGUCCGUGAGCAAUCCGCGUAUGAGAUAGCAUUGAGGUCUGGCGCCGCGGGCUGUCGAAUGUAGGCUUGUAGACUUGAUACUAUAUGUAGCUUACCGGUCAAU